AUGGCAAGAUCUAACCACGUCGUGGUCGCAGGUAGCAAUUCCGCAGCACAUCUGCAAGAUCUACUCAAGCACCUGGUCGCCUUACAGCAGCGGUCCCUCGCCGAGUCCUCCCGGCGACAAUACCGGAUCACGUGGGGGCAGUGGUGCAAUUUCUGCUCCCAGCUCGGUGUCUCGGUUUGGUUGCCAGCAACGCAACUGCACACCCAUUCCAUACGGCUGGCUCUCUUCACCGUUUAUUGCUGGCUCGGACGCUUGCCCAGCGGUAGGGUCUCGGCCGCCUCCGUUCGGUCCAAGCUCAGCCACGUCCGCUGGUAUCAUCGCCUCUACGCCGACUGUGACCCCCAGCUUACUCCCAGCCACGGCCUCGUGCUGGCCGGCAUGCAGCGCAUAAAGGACCGCCUCGACCCCAGCAACGCCCUCCACCGCGUCAUUGGUGGGGCUGCGUUGUUGGGCUUCUUCUUUCUACGAAGGAGCACUGAGUAUCUGGCUGUCAAAGGAACAAGGCGAAACUACACUCUGCUAGUGGGAGACGUCAAGAUUCGCGACGUGAGAGGGCGCGAAACCAGCAGCCAUGACCUCGCAGCAACGGUGGAAGUUGACGUCCACCACUUUCGAGGAAGCAAGAACGAUCAGACGGGCAGCGGUACGACAAGGCGGCUAGGGCGCUCCGGUCACGACACGUUAUGCCCUGUUCGCGCGGCGUUGGUGCUCAGGCACCACGCUGCAUCGAUCGGGGCGACCGACCACAGCCCGCUCUGCCGUGUGUCGCGCGUCGAAAUGCUUUCGGCCGAUACGUUGGCCAAGGUGCUACGGCGGGCUUCAGCGGCUACGGGGACAGACCCGACAAGAAUUUCGUGCCACUCGCUGCGAUGCGGUGGUGCGACGGCGCUACUGUCGGCGGGCGUCGACAGCACACUGGUCAUGCUGCACGGGCGGUGGCGCUCGGAUGCGUUCCAGCGGUACACACGCUACAAUCGACAAACGUCAGCGGACCUAGCGAUGCGAAUGGCGGGGACAUCAACCUGA